CGGGAACAGGAAAUGGGAUGGGGCCGGUUCCGGGCGCCUGGCAGCCUCUGAGGAGAGCAGAGCGUGGCAUCUGGAAGCCGGGGAGGCAAAGCCGAGAUGUUCCGGAUCGAGGGCCUUGCGCCGAAGUUGGACCCCGAGGAGAUGAAACGGAAGAUGCGCGAGGAUGUGCUCUCGUCCAUACGGAACUUCCUCAUCUACGUGGCCCUGCUGCGAGUCACACCUUUUAUCCUAAAGAAAUUGGACAGCAUAUGAAGAUGGGCACCACAUGUGAAUGCAUGAUAUGAGGAACCCAGUUACAAUUUCUACUCCUAUCUACAAAUGAAUAGGCCCAGAAAUAUGUAAGAGACUCUUGGAUUGAAUGGACAUAAAACUUCUACUUGUUAAGAACAAGUUUGGCUCUGGUGACUGACCUUCAUAGCUAAAAUUUAAAACUACUUGGGAAGUAAAGACAUCUUGGGUCAUAAUACACCCAUAUGCCUGUGAUGCUCAGCCUCUGUGAAUGUUGUUAUAAUUGUAAGUAAUGUCAAAGUCCAUUUUCUAGCAAGUAUUAAUUAUAAGGGAAUUAUGUCUACAAUAGCACUGUCUUGUUAGUCAUUUCUGUUUACCUUUUUACUUCUGUCUGGAGUAUGUAUGUUGAAGAAUUCCUUUUGAUUAGUUUUGUUUUACAGAAGCCAGCACAUAGCCCCAACAACACUUGAGCACAGGACCAUCAUUCUAUAUUUUUUAAUAAAAGUAGCAACUAAGGAAAAAAUUGGGAUUUUAUUUCUCUUAACCUGCUUUUUGCUACAGGCCUCUUUAAUAUUAUAAUUAUUACAAACUACAUUAAAUUGAGUUCCUCUUGUUUUGGACUGAA